AUGGCUAGCAUUCCGGAAUUUCCGAAAUUUGAAGUUUACAGUGAUGAACAGUCUGCAGGUGUAAGAUGGAACAAAUAUGUCGCGAAAUUAGAGAAUUUAUUUGUGGGAAUGAACAUAGACAAAAAUAAAAGAAAAAAGGCAUUGUUAUUACACUACUCCGGAGAUGAAGUAUUUGAAAUAUACGAGACGCUCAACCUUGGAACUACCGACGACAAUUAUACAGAAACAAAAUCUGCGCUUCAUGACUACUUCAUGCCAAAAAAGAAUAAAGAAUUCGAAAGAUUUGAGUUUAGAAAUCUGAAGCAAAAUCAAGGCGAAACAAUAGAUAUGUAUGUAACGAAAUUACGACAGAAAGCGGAACAUUGUGAAUUCAGUGAUAAGGAUGCAAGAAGUAUGGAAAUGGCGGAAAAACAAGCACACGCAAUGGACAGACAUGACAGUUUUCCGGUAAACAAAAUUAAGAAACAUCCUUCCCAGCGACGAAAGCCUGAAAAUCCUGCUUAUCAGAAGAAAUACAGAAGUGUAGAAACUGCGGAGGAACUUAUCCACAUGCGCGAAAAUGCCCAGCCCUUGGCGCAAAAUGCAAUUACUGCCAUAAAAGAAACCAUUUCAUUGGGUAAAAAUGAGAAGUAUUCAGACUUAUAUGACAAAUACAAACCAGUGUUCAAUGGGCUAGGAAAAUUAAAGGAUAAGCAAAUCAAAUUCCAUAUAGACGAAAGUGUAAUACCUACCGCCCAGCCAGCUAGACGCAUUCCGUUUCACGUCCGUGAUAAAGUUGCACAAGAGCUCGAGAAACUUGAAAAACUUGAUGUAAUUGAAAAAGCCACAGGUGCGACACCCUGGGUCUCGAACUUGGUCGUUGCUCCGAAACCCAAGUCUCCGAAUGAUGUCAGAAUUUGUGUAGAUAUGAGAAAAGCGAAUCUAGCAUUAAAGCGUGAAAGACAUGUCGUGCCUACAGUGGAUGACAUAAUAAUGGAACUAAAUGGCUCCACCGUGUUUUCAAAGGUGGACCUUUACAAAGGGUUCCAUCAGCUCGAACUUUCCGAGGAAUCAAGAAACAUGUCCGUGUUCGCAAGUCAUGUUGGACUUUGGAGGUACAAACGGCUAAAUUUCGGUGUAAGUGUAGCCCCAGAAAUUUUCCAAAAUGAAAUACGGCAAGUGAUAAAUGGAUUAAAUGGUGUGCUGAACAUUUCAGAUGACAUAAUCAUUCAUGGGAAAACGCAAACAGAUCAUGACUCGAACUUAGAAGCACUUCUGCAACGGCUACAAGAUAGAAAUCUGACACUCAACAAAGAAAAAUGUGAAUUUGGAAAAAGCAAAAUAAAAUUCUUCGGAUAUGUCUUUUCUGAAUCGGGAAUAUCACCAGAUCCUGAGAAAAUCACUGCUAUCAAGAACGUUGAAAAGCCAAAAAUAUCAGGGCGAGGUUCGAUCUUUCCUUGGAAUGACAAAUUACGUGUCAAGAUUUAUUGA